CUCUCUCUCUCUAUAUAUAUAUAUAUAUGUAGACGCUUGUGCUAUGUUUCUUCCCCAUUUGGCAUUUGCCAGACCAGCGAAGAGAGCUUUUUACGGCGGACGGAGGGAAGGUUGCGCCACCGCUUCUCACAGCAGCAAUCUCUGUCUGAAUAGCCAUGUGGAGCGUCACGCGCCGUCCAGAUCUGCUAGCCACAUGCCUAUUACUGUACUUGCUUCUCCCUUUCGGCAUUCUCUUUGCCGAUGAAUCUGAAGUCGAGGAUGAGUCUGAAUUCACUUACACUCGGCACAGUGAAAAGGGGCCGGAGAAUUGGGCAAACAUCAACCCUCAUUGGAAAGCCUGUGGGAGCAGGAAACUUCAGUCCCCGAUUGAUCUUGUAAAUGAAAGAGUCGAGGUUUCUCCUAUGCUCGGGGGAUUGAAACGAACCUACAAACCGGCGCCUGCUGUAAUAAAAAACAGGGGACAUGAUAUCACGGUUACUUGGCAAGGAGAUGCCGGAGGUGUUGUAAUAAACAGGACCGAGUAUCAGUUACUGCAAUGCCAUUGGCACACGCCUUCCGAGCACACGGUGGAUGAAAAAAGAUUCAAGAUGGAGAUUCAUCUGGUUCAUAAAAACUUGGCAGGACAAAUUUCUGUAGUCGGGAUCUUGUACAAAUUGGGGCGCCCUGAUCCAUUUCUUGCAAAGAUUCUGCAGCUUCUUGAAAACAUCAAGACUUGUGGUCAUAAAGGAACUAAUAUUGGUGUCGUCGAUCCAUGGGAUAUCAAAUUCGGAAGCAGAAAGUACUUCAGAUAUGUUGGAUCUCUUACAGUUCCCCCUUGCACAGAAGGUGUUCUUUGGACAAUCUUAAAGAAGGUAAGGACGGUGUCACAAGAGCAGAUGAGAGCCCUUAGGGAUGCUGUCCACGAUGGGUUCGAAGACAAUGCAAGGCCAAUACAGCGCAAUUCAGGCACAAUGCCAGUGUACAUGUAUCGUCCCGGAGGCGAUUAAACGCCAAAGGAUGUUGCAACAACAAUGCACAAAUUAACGUAUGAACUCUUCUAAAUAUUGAUGUCCGAAAGAAUACACAGUGAGAUUAUCCGACAUUUGCUGCUUGUAAUAUUUGUCUGCAAAUUAAUGGUUGAAUUAUGGUAACAAAAUUCAGUGAUAAAUUUCGCAAUCACAAAUGCCAGUAUUAAUAUAAAUUUAUACUAACAAUAUCAAAUCGUCAAUUUUACUUAUGUGAAUUUCGCCAUUUUUUGUUUACAGUUUUUCGGAAAUAAAGUUUAUUGUUGGUCCCAAAAUUAGUGAGAAUGAUCACAUUUGAUCCAUCUAAAAUUUUUAUUUUUGUUAUUGAAUAAAUUUGAUUUCACAGCAAACUCUCUCUAGUUGGGCUCUCGAGUUUAUUUCAUAAAAUCUAGACCCGAGCAGAAUUGAAAUAGGUUGAACUUGCCCAUGGGCAUUAAUGAAGGAAUUGCAGGUUUGAAUGUCCGAAGACGACCGACGACGACGAUUAAUAACUGCAAAUUAAAACACCUCCCAAUUCAUCAACGGUUCAUACACCAACGCCACCCCACCCCUUCCAUAAGAGCCUCGAAAUUCUUCGCAGGGAAUAAUUUCCCGACAGCGACGUCUCCUCAUCAGAUCUGAGUGUCUAUUACUUACUUACUUAGGGUUUUAUUUCCACCACAAAUUGCAGGCAGUACUACUGCAGCUGCCGGAAUCCCCCGCCAUUUAAUUUCCCAAGCACUUAUUCUGUCUUCCUCGCUCUUUCCAAAUCCUAACAGCCAUUGUAUAUACAUGUAUAUGUAUCUAUAUAUACCUCGUUUCUGUAGCAUCCCUCCCAAUCUACAAUACUAACAACAAUAAUAAUAUACCGUUGGUUCAUUAAGACAGCAAUGGCUACUUUUCGUCUAUGUCUGAAUCUGCUCCUUGCCUCUCUGCUUUUGCACCAAUUGCUUUCCACCGUUGCUCACACC